AUGUUACUGCCCGCCGAAACACCUUCCGCCUCUGACACCUUUGCUCUUUAUCCCCUCACCCUGUGCGACAACCUAUCGCAGGAGAGCCUGACAAAGGCAUGGAUCAUUGAAGGCCUUCUUGAUGUCGACAAAGUAAAAGCCGCCCUGGACAGGAUCGUUGAAAAAUGGCCACUGCUGGCCGCACGGGUUGAGGUUGUCAGAAGAAUGAGAUUCCAACUUCGUAUCCCCCUCGGACCUCUUCCAGCUGGCUACAACGCCUACGUCUUAACUUCCACCGUCUCCUCAACUCCCCUAUCCCGUUACAUAACCCUCCCACUCGCCUCCUUCACCAAAUUCCCUCCGAUUCACCUCUUCAAACCGAAGAAUAGCCUUUCCUUAGCAAACAUGAAAGCCUACGCAAAGAAGACAGCUCCCAUUACCCACUGGCAUCUGACCUCUUUUGACUAUCCCGGAGAGCAAUACACAUGCCUGGGGGUCACCUACUCCCAUGGGGUGUUCGACGGUAUUGGCUUCGCGAUGGUCAUGCACGCUCUCGAGGCCGAAUUCUCUGGAAAGGAGUGGGAGGUGCCCCCACUACCGUCACCAGGGCUGAACGAGAAUCCCUGCGAGAAAUUGAUGGAACGCGAGGCGGCGAAGGCAAAGGAGGUCGGAGAACGGUUCUCAUACCCGAACCUCUCUGUUGGGGGAACUGCGAACUUCAUUGCUUACCUCCUCCGAAACUUUUGGUACAACUUACGAAACGGCGUCGGGGAUUACAACGUCGUUAUCCCAUUUUCCGUACACACCAAGCUGGCCGCAGAGGCUCGAAAGGCUUUGGAAGAGGAGGAUGCGACCGACGUCCGACCGACAAGCGGAGAUGUAAUUACUGCUUGGUUGAUGAAGGCCGUCUACUCCGAGCGAGGGAGUCCAGAUAGUCUGGUAGGACUCCAAAAUGUCGGCUCUCUACGUGGUGAAUGGGCAGGAGAAUUGAAACUUUACCCCCAUAACUGUGUCACUGUCCUCCGGUCCAACCCCAUUUCCGUUCACGACCUCUCUACCCUCCCACUGCACAAAGUCGCAUACCUGCUGGCAAAAGCACGCUCGAGUAGCACCCGAAUCCCCGAAGCUGUCGCCCUCUACGAGCUAUUCUCAGAGGCGGAAAGAAAGUCAGGGUACCUCCUACCAAUCCACAAAGAAGCGGACCAGCAGUUCAUCAUGUCCAAUGUUUCUGUGGCCCGUGUCUCCGAGUUGGACUUCAGAGGUGCUGGAGGAGGCAGAGUCCUUUGCCACUACAAGUACUUCCCCACCCCGCCGUUUAGGGUGACAAAUCUUGUGGGGAACAACGGCCGCUUGGAUAACGGGGAUUUAAUCGUUAAUUGCGUUCUUGAUAACCAUGGGGCAAGGCAGGUGGACCUCGAGUUCGGAAAGCUCACAGGUAGAUUAUUGCACUAG